GUAGGCGCUCCUGCACCUCAUCUUUCACUCGAGUGUGACAGCCAUGUUGAUUCAGCGUUCACACGACAGGAAAGUCUCUCUCGGAAAUGUGACCGGAAUUGAUUCCUGUUGGUUCCGAUUGAAAGAAGCGCCUGCGGCCAUGCUGCUGUCCGGUACCUUCUCCGGCACGUCGCGGUCACCCACCGGUCUAAGCUACCGCCCGCCCACCCCUGCAGCCCGGCCCGGCGCGUAGCGGCUGAAUCCACCUGCCGUCGUUGGUUGCGCCGGAACAUACCGGAACGGCAGAGAGUGAAGCUCCAUAGCAACAAACCGGUUUCACGCCAGCAUUGGCUGACCCAAACAAAGAACACCAGGACCCAGCAUCUGUCAUAUCUUUUCAAUGCCCUCACGGAGCAUGCACCGUCAGAGCUCAUCUGCUGAGCUACAUAAACUGGACCAGACUAAGGGGAAAUGACGGACGCAGUGCAAGAACACAGGGUCGACAAAUUUCUUCACUGUUGAGGCUUGUUGAGCCGUGUGCUUUUACUGAAGCCUCUUCAUACGGUAUAAAGGAUUUCCUUGUCGAUGGAGUGAUAUUAUGUAGACAACAUGUCGAUGAGUAAGACAAUCGAGCUGGAGCACUUUGACGAACGUGAAAAGGUACGCAGGGGUCGUUCCACCCGGCCUAAGAGAGAUGACUCGACGGGCAGCGCUGGUGGUGGGGGGUCCGGCCCCAGCUCCAGGGCCAGCAGCCUGGUCCCCAGCCCUGCGCACAGCGCCAACUGCAGCUACUAUCGAACUCGAACCCUGCAAGCUCUCACCUCAGAGAAGCGAGCUAAAAAGGUGCGCUUCUAUCGCAAUGGAGACCGGUACUUCAAGGGUCUGGUCUACGCGGUCUCCAGCGAUCGGUUCCGCUCCUACGACGCCUUGCUGAUGGAGCUGACACGCUCACUGGCAGAUAAUCUACAUCUGCCACAAGGGGUGCGCACCAUCUACACCAUAGAUGGCAGCAAGAAGAUCACCAGCAUGGACGAGCUGGUGGAAGGCGAGUGUUAUGUAUGUGCCUCAAACGAGCCUUUUCGCAAGGUGGACUAUACAAAGAUUACCGUCCCCAACUGGAAGCCAGGAGCCAGCUCUGGGAGCGCCGCAGCAAGCUCGACGCGGUCAUCCACAACGUCGACCGGGGUCUCCACCAACGCUCCCGCGGGAGUCAAGGAGCGCCCCGAGGGCAGGGAAGGGCGGGAAAGCAAAGACUAUAUCAAGCCCAAGCUGGUGACGGUGAUUCGUAGCGGCGUGAAGCCUCGCAAGGCGGUGAGGAUCCUGCUGAACAAGAAGACGGCCCACUCCUUUGACCAGGUUCUAGCGGACAUCACUGAGGCGAUCAAGUUGGACUCUGGCGCUGUGAAGAGGUUGUACACGUUGGAUGGAAAACAGCUGACCUGUCUGCAGGACUUCUUCGGGGACGACGACGUCUUCAUGGCAUGUGGGCCGGAGAAGUUUCGCUAUGCUCAGGAUGAUUUUGUGCUGACUCACAGCAGUAAGACGCCAGCCUUUGUCAACGAGUGCAAAGCUAAGGUGUCCCGCUCAAGCGCUCCCCAGAAAACACCCAAAACCCCCGCAGGCCUCGGCUUGUCCUCCUCUAAGACUCCACCUAAAAUACAGACCAAGACCAAGUCAACAGGUUCAACCAAUGAGGCGUCAGGAUCACAGCCAGCUGGCAAGUCUUCCAGGUCCAGUCCUUCCCCUACCAGUCCUGGAUCACGUCGAAGCCUCAAGAUUUCUCCUCGCCGCUCUUCCUCGACUGACGUCAACGGCGACGCGGAACAGCAUGACGAUUCCACAGUUGAAGUCAACGGAAAUCGCUCCGUUUCCUCCUCCAUGAUAAACGAAAAAUACAAGAUCGGUAAAGUCAUCGGAGAUGGAAACUUUGCUGUGGUGAAGGAGUGUGUUGAGAGGUCGACAGGGCAGGAGUAUGCUUUGAAGAUCAUAGACAAGGCUCGAUGCUGUGGGAAGGAGCACCUGAUAGAAAACGAGGUGGCAGUGUUGCGGCGGGUCCGACAUCCGAGCAUCAUCCAACUGAUUGAGGUUGACGAAACGCCGUCUCAGCUGUUCCUGGUCAUGGAGCUAGUCAAGGGCGGCGAUCUGUUUGAUGCCAUAACGUCGUCCACAAAGUACAGCGAGCAUGACGCCAGCGCCAUGGUGUUCAACCUGGCCGGAGCUGUGAAGUAUCUGCACCGCAUGAACAUAGUCCACCGAGAUAUUAAACCAGAGAACCUGCUGGUGUGUGAGUAUCCGGACGGCACCAAGUCUUUGAAGCUGGGUGACUUUGGUUUGGCGACUGUGGUGGAAGGACCGCUGUACACGGUGUGUGGAACGCCGACGUACGUAGCUCCUGAGAUCAUCGCUGAGACGGGUUAUGGCCUAAAGGUUGACAUCUGGGCAGCAGGCGUCAUCGCUUACAUCCUUCUCUGUGGAUUCCCUCCAUUCCGAAGUGAGAACAAUGUCCAGGAGGAGUUGUUCGAUCAGAUCCUCAGAGGGAAGCUGGAAUUUCCGUCUCCUGACUGGGACACCAUCAGUCUCCCUGCCAAGAUGCUGAUCAGUCAGAUGCUGCAAGUGAACGUUGAUGCCCGUUUUACCGCGGAGGAGGUUUUGUCUCACCCCUGGGUCACGGACGAAGCACCUGUGGACUCCAACACUGUGAGCAGCAACGAAGAGCUGACACAUUUAGACACGCUGGAACCAGAAACAGAGUCGCCAGUACUGGAAACCAAACAAAUCCCCUCCCCCUUGGUGUAGACCACUCUGCCUUCACCUGGGAACUUUGUCCAGUUGGAAAAAAGACAAACUCCAUUUCCAUUCAUUCUUGAGAGAGAAAACAACCUCUGUCUCAAUCUGACAAUGAUUCUUUUAACUCUUGUCCUCAGCAUGUGGAUGACACAACUCUUGAGAAAACAGAAACAUCUCCCACCAAACACUCUUGUAUGCUCCGGUUCCAGAUUGUUCCAGAUGUCCAUUCUUGGUACACUUGAAGCCACCUCACUGCAAAGUGCUGACCGUGACCGGAUCAACACUGAGGCAACAUGAAGGUCCUCCUGAGGGCCAACCCAUUGUCUUGUUCCUGUAAGUGACCCUUAACUGCAGGCGACGCGAAGGCACCACAAGGAUACUUUUACUUGGACUGACUUUUUCAUUCUUUUGUCGUGCCGACUUUUUAGCAACCAGAAUGUCUUCCAAUUAUUCUGGGAAACCUCCCGCAUCCCCUUGCCUUCAUCCUCCCGUUCUCCUCCUUUUCCUAACUCUGACUUGCUACCCACCAACCCGAGGAGAUUCAAGCACUGUGCCUGUUUACGCUCUCAGCCGGUUCAACCUUCACAACUCAAGUUUGGCACAUGCCACACACAGCACAUACCACACACUGGCUGCAAUGUUGGGUGCUUAGGCUGCUUUGGCUUCUCAAGUAGGAGGACUAUUUUGAUGCGGCUGAUCUGCAGGUCUAUUUCUUCUAUCAGGCCGGAAACACACUCUAAAGUGAGGCGCUCUGGUUUUAUUGCGAACCUUCACCAUACUUCUACUCAGCUAUCAAACUUGUCGUGAUAUGUUAUUUUACGCUCAUGGUCCAAACAAUCCAUCUAGAUCAGGGGUGGGCAGCAGCAUUUUCUUAGGGGCCACGUUAUAUAGUGUGAGAAAUGUGAGGGACAGAAGCAAAACAAUCAUAUUAAAUCUGAAAAAAAAUCUAAAAUACUAAAAUUCUUAAAUAUUAUAAAAUAGAAAAAAGUGUCAUUAUUUCAGCAUUUUCUUUAAAUACUCUCAAUAUAAAUUAUCAAUAUUUGAAGAUCCUUUUAAGCGGUGGAUAUCUGGGGGGUAGAAGACUGUGUCAAGCCUGUUUUAAAGGAACGUAGUCACAAGGUAUUCAUUUAUUUUCAGGACCAAGACAUGCUGUUAAAUUAGCAUUGCUCAUUAAAAUAAUUAAAAUUCAAAAGACGGAAAAGAAGGUUGAAGUUAUCUUUAGAAUUAGUAAUGGGUGAUAAAUGUAAAAAACUCACGUGCCCCUGGGUCGCCCGCCUCUGGUCUAGAUAAAUCAGAUAAGGAUGGCAAACAACAUUGCAUAGAAGGAAGCCUUGAAGUUGAAGUCUAAAACGGCAGUAAAAAUACAGUGAAAGCUGAACGUGGUUAUCUAAAGGGGCCCUAUCCUGCACUCACUUCCCUCCUGACUUAAUUCUUGCUCCUCUCUGAAAUCUCAGGACAGCACACACCUCAACGCUCCAUGUGACCUCCAGUCUGAUGUCUCAUCGAUCGUCUCUGCUGUGGCCAGAGGAUCUGACAGACUGACCCCCUGUAUAUCAUUUUAAAAUGCAUAUCUGAUACAAUCUUUUCUCACUUGUGCUAUUUAUAGUUACUGAGACUUCUAUUCAGUCUUUGUUUGGCUUGAUGGAGAAAUGGCUAUUCAGAAUCUUCAGUAUAGUUCAGACUUUGUUUGGUCAGACUCACGCAAGUAUGGGCCUUGACGGAUCUGAACAGAGUAGGCAGGAGACAACACCGAAGUUUAGUGGGAAGGUGGAGGACAAGAUUUUCUGCUUUACAUUAUUUGGAUUUCAUUAAAAGGAACUCACUGCAUGUUUGUGCCGUACGAGACGUUAGAGGGGAGAUUCCAUGGACCAUGAUGCUUGCUGAUGAUAUAGUGAUCUGACGGGAGUAAAGAUGAGUGGAGAAAGUGGAGAGGUGGAAGUACAUAAACAAGUAAACGAGACAGUACACGUGUGUAAACAUGAGAAAGGUAUAGAGAAAACAGAUGAGUUCAAGUGUUUGGGAUCAGCCAUACAGUGUGAUGGACAGAGAUUAAAGAAGGCGAAGAAGAAAGUGCAGGCAGAUUGGAACGACUGUCAGGGGUGAUAUAUGACGAGUGUUAGCUGGGCUCCAGUAUGAUUUAAACCCCCCUGAAUUGAGCAAGUUAGGGCCCCUUUUAAUCCAUUUAGCUGAUCCACAAAACACAUUUUCACCAGGAUUCUUUGGACCCCACUAGAACUGAGCAUUAGUUAUCUCUUUUGUGAAUGUGAAAAAAAAUGUUCAAGUUAUCUCAACUGCUCACAAUAACGUAGCUCAAGGACACAUUUCAAAGUCCUCACUGGCUUCCACCAGCAGUGUGCAAACCCCGAGCCCUGUCUCUUCUCCCCUGCCGCCGUCUACAGAGGAUAUGUAAAUACUGUGUACAUAAAUAUGUUUGUCUGUUGGUGUCUGUCGAUUUGUGUGAAAGUCAAUGUGAAGUAGUGAAACAGUAGCAGUUUUAGAAAAGGGUGAGAAACAAUCCCAUGACAUCGAUGAGGAAGAGCAUUUUAAAAAAAAACAGGGUGUCAGUGUUCCUGCAAUCAUUCAGGCACCGAGUUGUGUACUGAUCUUAGUAGCAAAUGUUUAGUAACAAUACCAUCAAUCUGUUGCAGUUUGUGUGGAAAUGGUACAUCAAUCAUGUGUAUGCGCGUGUGUGUUUGGGGAUCAGGAACACAUCACUGUGUCAUUUCCAUGGCCUCACAAGUGUGAGCAACAUUGGAAGGGGGGUCACUUGUUUUUGAAAAAAACUUGAAAAGUAGCAUUCUAGAGUAAUGCGUCCACCUUAUGCAGUGUUAUGACCUUUAUGCUUUCCAUGGCCUUGACCUUUAGAGUAGUACCACUGGUUUAGAAUUUGGCAAAAAUGACCUGUUUCUAUGAACCUCGCACAGGUCUGGAUUAGAGAAGAUGAAGGUAGCUUCAGUUCAUGGCUCACUCCACUUAUAAUGGUGGUUAUUUAGGAUCCAACAGAGAGUUGUUGGCCAGUUUGGUCGCUCUAAAGAUAAUACAUUGUGCCAGUAACUAUUAUUCACACCUCAGAUAUCACGUGUGCUCCAAACACAGUCAGAACAACGUAAGCCGAAUUCUACUAACCAGUGGUUUGACCUUCUCUGCCUGCUAAAAACCCAAUCGUCUUAACUCUCUUUGCUUUAAACCAAACAAAGCCUUGUGUUGACGCUCUUGGAGCCACGUCUGGGUUGACUUGGAACGAGAAUUUACUUUUCAACUGAGAAUUUACUUACAUCGACAAUUAAGGUGACUUUGAACAGCAACGAUUCAGCCAUAGCACAGGUCAAGAGAUGGAUCCACCACUCCAGGUUUCAGUGCACAUUUUUCUACAAAUUUAAAUAAAUAUUAAAGCAUAAAAAAACAGGUUUAAAAAAAAAAAUUGGCAGUGGUGGAAGUGCUUGACCGGCCAAUAGUAACCCUUGAGUUUUGACAAACCAGAUCUGCAACUAUGAAAACUGUACAAUUUAUUGCUUCAAAUUCAACAGAUGCUCUGGACUUUUUUCAGACAGUGACUGACCAGUGCACGACUCAGAGGAGUGUUGUUGCUGUCACCCGUACGUGAAGGAACGUCUCCAGUAUUUAGUCAAUUCCUCCAACUGUGUCAUUUUUAACCCAUGCAUUUGAAGUAUUGCAACAAUGUCUCGACACAUUCUAAGGGUUUGACCCGGACGGCUGGUAAAAAGGCCCUGCUCGUGUGUGUAUGAUCAUUCCACCGCAUGCCUCAUUUUAUACAGAAGUGAUGCUUUUUUUAUGCAGUAGACAGACAAACCAGUUUUUCUCUCGUGUGAAACAACCUCAGCUUUAGUUUUCAACUCAUCCUGUCGUACAUUUGGCUCAGACGUUUAACCUGGCAGCUAAACAAGACUUUCACUGUUUGCCAGUUGAUUUCUGGGAAAUACCAAGUCUUUAGUCAAACUAGUCUGGGAUAACAGUAGCGAGAGGGUGGUGUUUUUGAGGGCAUGUUGUAGAUAUGUUUUAACAAUGAUGUGUCAUGUGACGUGUGUCUGUGGAGAUCUGGGUCUGGGUGUUCCCGCCAAUUCAUAUCAAGAGAGGAUUCUCUCAACUGUGAAAAUAAAACUGA